CAGUGACUCGCUUAGUAGCCUGGCUUUCCUCAUCAAAUAUGGCGGACAUUACCAGCGCUGAUUCUUUCGUCUCAACCAAAGUCACCAAACACUGCGAAACAGAGCGUCCUGAGAAAAAAUCAAAAGUUAGGAAAAAAAGGAAGACACCAAAGAAGCCUGUAGUGGAGAUCAACUCAAGAAAAGACCGGAGAAUUAUAAAUGAAUUUCAUGCUUUGAACAAGAAAAUUGACUCUUUACGAAGGAAUACCUUAAUUCAAAUAAAAGACAGGCCAACUCAAAUUGCGGCUCUCGAAGCGAAAAAAGAAAAGCUUGGUGGUAUAAAUGCUUAUCAAAAGGCAUCGAAACUUGGAGAGGCUCGGCAUGGUAGUUUUAACUCAGCAAAAUGGAUACUAAAGCAAAUGAGAGAUUUGGAUGUUUGUAAAGUAAAACCUGACCCAACUGAAGCUACAGAAGGACUAAGGUUACUUGAUGUUGGUGCUCUCGACAACAACUACAAAAAGCACCAAAAAUGGAUUCAGUGCACACCUAUUGAUCUAAAUCCACAGAGCGACGUAGUGGUUAAGGCAGACUUUUUGAAAUUUAAAGGCAACAACCUAUAUGAUGUUGUUGUUUUAAGUUUGGUGAUCAACUUCGAAGGUGACGUCCACAGGCGAGGGAAAAUGCUUCGAAAAUGUCAAGAGCUCAUAGUAGAUCAAGGAUAUUUGUUUAUUGUUCUCCCUCUUCCUUGUUUGAACAAUUCUCGCUACUUAAAUGAUGAUCUUUUUGUAUCCAUGAUGGAAAGUCUUGGGUUUAAAGUGUGUGCCUGCCAUAAGAGCAGAAAAUUGAGUUUCUAUAUGUUCAGGAAAACUGGCCAUGCUCAGGUGAAAUCGUUCCCAAAGAGGGUCUUAAGGAAAGGUGGAAACCAUAACAACUUUGCAAUUGUUCUGUGAUGACUUAGGGUUUAAGAUUAAAUUUUGCCACACAACUGUAGUGUGCGUGAUGUCUGACUAUUUCAGCAUUUACCAAGCUCAAAAUUUACCAUCUUCAUCAUUGGCUUUUUAAACAUGAUACUAUCAAAAUUGCUGAUCCUUGCAGUAUGCAGGACGCAUGUCACAUAAGAACUUUGUAAUGACCUUGCUUACCUUAGAGUCUCUGUGACUCAGUGGUAGAGCAUCAGAGCGUGGGAUCUGAAGGUCAGAGGUUCAAUUCCUCACGGCAAUUCAGAAUUGUUUCUUUGUCCCACACUCAUGACAAUUAAGAUGAAAAACAUCUUUCUCUACCUCAGUAUUUGCUGUUAGACCUUUUAUUCUUCUUUCCCUUUGACUCAGUGAUUUUUGCUUUUCCUAAAUGUGUCUUGAAUUGCUGUAAUAACCAAGCUGACAACUGAGAAGAAUGUCUCAGAAAAAUGUCAGGAAAAUUUGACAUAACACCAAAUUCUUCUUGCUGUUUAGCUGCAAAUGUGUGGGAGCUUAAAAUGAGAAUUACUAGUUGGAUAGUGGGAUGUAAGGAGUUUGACAGCUGGUGUAAUUGCACUUCUUCUAGAGCAUGUAAAGUUUUGAUAUGGCGGUUAUAAGAUCACAACUCAAGAAAACCUUUUAAACAUAAUUCACACUGCUUUAAGAUAUUACCAAGACAGAUAUUCGUGCAAACCUACAGUCAUGUUUAUCAUGCCAAAAACAUGUAAAAUAUCCCAUUUUCUUUUAAGAUAUUGGGAGUCUUUCAUAAAAUAUUAAAGAGUGUUGUUCAUCAUGA